AUGAGACCGUUGCUUGUCCGCUCCGCUUUACGGAGCGCUCGCAUGUCGAGCUUGAGACCCCUAUGCCAUGCGCAACGGUUCAGCAUCAAGGCUGAGGCUGCUUCGACCAUCAAGCCUCUGGGCCUGGAUGCUUCAAAACUCAGCAUUGAGAAGACGGGGAAGCCCAAGGGCCUCAGCAAGCCCGAGGAUCUCGUCUUUGGACGGGAAUUCACAGACCACAUGCUUGCGAUCGAAUGGAAUCAAGACGAAGGAUGGUUGGAGCCCAAGAUCACACCCUACCAGAACCUCUCACUCGACCCUGCAACAUGUGUCUUCCACUAUGCUUUUGAGUGUUUUGAGGGUAUGAAGGCGUACAAGGACAAGGACGGCAAAGUGCGACUCUUCCGACCUGACAAGAACAUGGCGCGACUCAACAAGUCUGCUGCCCGUAUUGCGCUCCCCACCUUUGAGCCCCAGGCCCUCACCGAGCUCAUCUCCAAGCUCGCUCAGCUCGACUCCCGCUUCAUCCCUGAUAAGCGGGGAUACUCCCUCUACCUCCGUCCCACCAUGAUCGGAACCCAAAAGACACUCGGUGUCGGACCUCCCGGAUCUGCUCUUCUCUACGUCAUCGCCUCACCCGUUGGCCCUUACUAUCCUACCGGUUUUAAGGCCGUCUCGCUCGAGGCCACUGACUACGCUGUUCGUGCCUGGCCUGGCGGUGUUGGUGACAAGAAGCUGGGCGCCAACUAUGCGCCCUGCAUUGUUCCCCAGCUCCAGGCCGCCAGCCGUGGCUUCCAGCAGAACCUCUGGCUGUUUGGAGAGGAGGAGUACGUUACUGAGGUCGGCACUAUGAACAUGUUCGUUGCUCUCAAGAACAAGGAGACCGGCCAGAAGGAGCUUGUGACUGCACCCCUUGACGGAACUAUCCUUGAAGGUGUUACUCGUGACUCUGUGCUCGCGCUCGCUCGGGAGCGUCUUGAACCUGAGGGCUGGAAGAUCAGUGAGCGCAAGUACACAAUGAGGGAGCUUGCUGAGGCUGCUGAAGAGGGCCGUCUUCUCGAGGCCUUUGGUGCUGGAACUGCCGCUAUUGUCAGCCCUGUCCGAUCCAUCUCAUGGAAGGGCAAGCUCGUUGACUGCGGUCUUUCUGAGCUCGAAGAGUCUGGCGAGAUCGCCCUCAAGAUGAAGGAAUGGAUCGAGGCCAUUCAAUAUGGUGAUGAGGAGCAUGAAUGGAGCUACACUAUUUAG